AUCGGCGUCGUCCGCUUCGGUUGCCUCGUGGCGAGAGUCGGCUUCGGCCCCGCGCGCCGCGGGCUAGGUAAGCGCCGGCCCCGCCUCCGUGUCCGCCAUGGCCCGGGCCGCCGCCGCCGGGAUCGUCGCCGCAAUGUCGGCCGCGCUCCUGGCCUGCUGGCUGCAGCCGAGCCAAGUUAUAGAGAGAUCGUUUUCAUUUCGUAAAAGUCAUUCCCUAAAGGAUAUGGAGAAUAUUUUUCAGUUGGUGAGAAAUGUCAUUCCUCCUCUGACUCCCAAAAAGCAUAAAGGUCAAGAUGGAAGGAUAGGCAUCAUUGGAGGAUGCCAAGAGUAUACAGGGGCACCGUACUUUGCAGCCAUUUCGGCUCUUAAAGUGGGGGCCGAUCUAUCUCAUGUCUUCUGCACCAAAGAUGCAGCAACUGUGAUUAAGUCUUACAGCCCCGAGCUGAUCGUCCACCCAGUUCUUGACAGCCCCGAUGCCGUUCAGGAAGUGGAAAAAUGGUUACCGAGGUUGCACGCCGUUGUCAUAGGACCUGGUUUAGGGAGAGAUGACACUCUACUAGAGAAUGCCAAGGGGAUCGUAGAAAAGGCAAAGGCCAAGGGUAUUCCUAUUGUCAUCGAUGCAGAUGGAUUGUGGCUCAUUACUCAACACCCAGCCCUCAUCCAGGGCUACCAGAGAGCGAUCUUGACGCCAAACCUUAUGGAGUUUAGCAGGCUUUAUGAAACCGUGGUUAGAGAUCCCGUAGACGGUAACGAUCACCGCGGAUGCGUGUUAAGACUCAGCCGAGCCUUUGGGAAUCUGACAAUUGUCCAGAAAGGAGAGCGAGAUCUUCUUUCAGAUGGUCAAAAGGUCCUCGAAUGCGGUCACGAAGGGAGCAGUCGGCGCUGCGGGGGCCAAGGAGACCUCCUGGCGGGUUCUCUGGGCGUCUUUGCCCACUGGGCCGUCCUUGCCGGACCGGAAAAAACCAACGGUCAAAAUCCUUUCCUGGUGGCCGCCUUCGCCGCCUGCUCUCUGACGAGGCAGUGUAACAGCCAGGCCUUCCAGAAAUACGGCCGCUCCAUGACCACCACGGACAUGAUCGCCCAAGUCGGGGCAGCCUUCAACAGGCUCUUCGAAACCUGAAGCUAAAGGGAUGGAGGGGAAGAGAAGAACAAAACACCCGGCCGCACCGCAUACUACGUACAAGCGACGGGCCUCCUGUAAGUGCUGUGGCAGGACUGGUCUGCCGGAAGUACCCUUUUUUAUUUUUAAGAUGAGAAAAAUUGAUUGAUGGAGGUGCUUUUUAAGAGUUGGGAAUGCAGAAUAGCGGGUGGCAGCGGUAAUAAAACUACAGCCCAAGUA